AUGUUCUACUCGGAGACCAUUCUUUCGCGGCGGGGGCCUUUGGGCAAGGUAUGGCUCGCCGCUCACAUGGAACGUAAACUCUCCAAGACCCAAACAUUGCAAACAGACAUAGAACAAUCUGUUGAUGCGAUUAUGGGUCAGGAGAUUGAAGUAAUGGCUCUGCGUCUCAGUGGCCAGCUUCUCCUCGGUGUUGUUCGCAUUUACAGUCGGAAAGCCAAGUACCUGCUGGAUGACUGCAAUGAGGCCUUAUUGAAGAUCAAGAUGGCAUUCCGUCCAGGCAUGGUUGAUAUGACGGAGGACCAGCUUGUUGUGAAUAAGACGUCCAUUACGUUACAAGGUCUCGGUCUUGAUCUUGAUCUUCUUCUCCCUGACGUGAACUGGGAAAUGGAUUUCGAAGACAGACCAAUCCACCCACAGGGUCACCACCAGGCUCACGUGGAUGACAUUACACUGCGAACCGUAGAUGACUUCCAACGGUUUGAUCUGGGGGAUCCUUUCACCGUUGGGCCCUCGGACGGAAUUGGUUCGCAAGACUUCGUUGAUGUGGACCUUGGAAUUGAUUGGGAUAGCGAGGUUCGAAUUGGCGGGGAGAAAGACCACGACGGAACGAGCGUGGAUGACAGCGUUGGAGUUGGACGUGACGCGGCCGGUCGCAGGAAUUCCAUUGAUUCACAUAUCUUGGGUAUACAGGACAUGGAUGUCGAUGUCGAUCUCCUCUCUAACAGGAGCAAGAGCAGAGCCCUUUCUGAGCAUCCCUUUAGGACUGACAUGGAUUUCGAGUUCCCUGACAUGGGUGGUGUUGACUUGGAAGAUUUAGGAGUAGGCUUUGGUGAACCAGGUAUCAACGACCUCUCCAAAUUGCCUGGUCAGAAUAAGUCAUUGUCUCGUGCUUCAUCGCCGCUCACAGACUUGCCCGACACACCACGUCAAGAUGUCGACCUGGCUGCUAUCGUACCUCCCACUUUAGACCUUGGAAAGGUGAAGAGGAAAGUCAAGGGAAAAAAACAAAUCAUCGAUUCUGUCACUGAAUUGGACGACACUCUGGGCGGGAAGGUUGGACGUGGAAAAGGGACAGUAUUCGGUCCGCCGACUAAGAAGGACGUCACCGAUAUUGUGACCGACCAACGCUUCCUCCCAAAAUCGUCUCUUCUUCUGCGGCUCCUUGAAAUUCGUGAUGAUCCCCUUGCUUAUUUCAUGCCAACCGCUGUUACACCAAAUGGGACAUUUUUCUGCGCUGCUCCGCCAGGAUUAGCUCCAGACCUGGCAAACCUUUUCAUGCGUCCCGCUCACACUUCGUCCAUGAAACGUCGGGCCGGAUCUCCCAAGAAAACUCCCUCCAAACGUCCUCGACUAAACCCAAACAACGAAACGGAGGACGAAAUUGAACAUGGGCGUAGAGCCGAUAGUCUUGCCCCAAGCAUAGCCAUUGGGAGUGACAUCCAUAGACAAGGCAGCCUCGGCCCGUACGGCGAUCUUGAGUUUGCUGAGCAACCCAGCGCCGUCGAUGAUUACCAGCUCCAUGUCCCUGACUUCGAUGCCUCAGGUGAAAGAAGAGAUCAGUCAGCAGGGUUGAGCGAUCUAAGUCGCCUUUCCACCCCGGGAGUCGAUGAAGCCUUCCCCAAUGACGGUGAUGACCGGCUUGUCGACAGUGCAUGCCCUCUAUCAAUAUUUGAUGUUCGACAAUCAACACAAACUCAGGAAGUAGACAAAGACGACCAGGAAGGGAAAGGUUAUAGCAAGAACACUGUAAAAGCGUUGGGGCUUCUCAGGAGGGAGCUUGAGCAUGCCGUUGGUGAGACUAUGGGGGACACAAAAUUGAGCUUCAACAGAAUUUCGGAUAAGGCAUCUCGUCGUGCUGCUGCCUCCUUUUUUUUCGAAUUGCUCGUUAUAGGCACUCGGGACUGCGUGACGCUCGCUCAGGCAGGCUCAUUUGAAAAUAUUGAGGUUAGCGCAAAGCCGAAGCUUUGGGACCAACAACGUCACGACGUUCCCCUCACAUUGUGA